AGUUCAUUUUUCAUCAGGUGCGGGUGUGUUUUGCGGACGUGUUGCGACUACGUAUUAAAAACUUCGAUAAGUGCUAAAAAUGGGUAAAAAUAUAAUCUGUCGUCUCAUCGAAUUUGGCCAAGUCAAAUAAUUAAAAGUGAAACGACGCAAAGUGAAGAAGAAGAACAACAACAAUAAUAAUAUUAAUAGUAAUCAAAAAGCAGCUCUGAUUAGAGCGUCUACAAGUACAAGUGCAAAUAUAACCGAUUUUGUGGCGAUGUCCACCGCGGAAACGGGGUCGUCGCCUGGCAAAAGCAACAACAGUAGCAGCAACAACAACAACAGCAACAGUAACAGCACCAACAAUGGCAACGGCAACGGCAACAGCGUCACUGCAGGCAGCGGCAAUGUGAAUCCGAAAGGUGUGCAGCGUCGGCAAUUGCGCGAGCGCAAGCAGCGCAAACUUUACCUUGAGGAAUGGACACUGGGUGAUGAUGAUGGGGAGGGGACGCGCGGCUUCAGUGUUGCCGAAAAGCUCGAGUCCUCCAAGUUCGCACAGGCUGGAAUGGUGCGGGAAAUGCGCGGCAGCGAUCUCACAGUCGCCUUCCUGCAGCAGCACGGAUUCAAUAUACCGUUGCUGUUUAGGGAGAAAAGCGGCUUGGGAUUACGGAUGCCAGAUCCACAAGAGUUCACAGUGAACGAUGUGAGAUUAUGCGUUGGAUCGCGUCGCCUCUUGGAUGUCAUGGAUGUCAACACACAGAAGAAUCUACAAAUGACAAUGAAGGAAUGGCAACAGUACUAUGAUAAUCCACAAAAGGAUCGAUUGCUGAAUGUUAUAUCAUUGGAAUUCUCGCACACACGACUCGAUCACUUUGUCCAGAGUCCAGAGAUAGUGCGACAAAUCGAUUGGGUCGAUGUUGUUUGGCCCAAACAACUGAAGGAUGCACAAAAGGAGGGCACAAAUCUUCUCGGCGGCAUGAUGUAUCCCAAAGUGCAAAAAUAUUGUUUAAUGUCGGUGAAGAAUUGCUAUACAGAUUUCCAUAUUGAUUUCGGUGGCACAUCCGUGUGGUAUCACAUACUGAAGGGUAGCAAGGUCUUUUGGCUAAUUCCACCCACCGAUCGCAAUCUGCAGCUGUACGAGAAAUGGGUGCUGUCCGGCAAACAGGCGGAUGUCUUCUUUGGCGAUACGGUUGAGAAGUGUGCACGUGUCUAUCUGACAGCUGGGAAUACGUUCUUUAUACCCACCGGCUGGAUACAUGCCGUCUAUACACCCACCCAAUCCCUUGUCUUUGGCGGCAAUUUUCUGCACUCCUUUGGCAUUGUCAAGCAAUUGAAGACGGCAAGUGUGGAGGACAAUACAAAGGUGCCGCAAAAGUUUCGUUAUCCCUUCUUCACGGAGAUGCUGUGGUAUGUCCUUGCCCGAUAUGUGUACACACUGCUGGGACACUCGCAUCUGGAUGGUGAACCAUCGGCCAGUGAGGCUGAAAUGGCCGCCCGUCCACACACUCAUCUCACACACUAUGAGCUAUUUGGUCUCAAGGAGAUUGUCAUGUAUCUGUACGAUUUGCAGCCACAAAAGAAGAAUGUACCAAGUCUGGUGCUCGAUCCCGUUGCGCUGAUCAAGGAUGUGCGCACAUUGGUCGAACGGCAUUGCAAGGAUCAACAGGACAUGGCUGUAACUGGCAUGUCCGUGCUCCGGCCCGCCACCGAGCAUCCGCAACAAUUUCAACUGUACGAUCGGACGCGGGUCAAGCAGGAGAUCAAACAGGAGAUUGCACGCAAGAAUGCUGAGGUCAUACGGGAGCAACAGCAACUGGAGGCCGCCAGGGAGGCCGAAUCUGAUGCUCUGCCCACUAGCAACAGCAACAGCAACAACACUGGCAACAACAAUAACAACAGUUACAACAACAGCGGACCAGGUGUGGAGUAUAGCAAUGGAGUGCUCAAGAAGGAGCAGCUGGAGAAUGGCACCUCAACUGCACAUGGAACGCAACCAGAAGCCACGUUUGUGCUGCCCACGGACACACUUAAGUAUCGUCCGCCAAAGAAGAUGCACCUGGCAAAUGCUGUGGCAGCUGCCGCCAGCAGCAGCAGCAACUGCAACAACAACAGUAGCAACAACAACAGCAACAGUCCCACAAAUGUUGGCAAUCCGAAUGCUGUCAGUGUGAUUGCCACAUGCUCCAGUUCGAGCUCCGGCUCUGGUUUUGUGGAUGCCGCAGGCAGUGGAAGUGGCAGUGGCAUGGCUGCCAAUCUGGACAAUUGUCCGUCGCCAGGUGAAGCUGGUGCCAAGUUGUCACCACAUUUGACGGGAACUGGACAGCCGAGGCGACGGCGAACGCGUUGCAAGAAUUGUGCGGCAUGUCAACGCUCCGAUUGUGGCACCUGCCCCUUCUGCAUGGACAUGGUGAAGUUCGGUGGUCCCGGGCGUGCCAAACAGACGUGCAUGAUGCGACAAUGCCUGUCGCCGAUGCUCCCAGUGACGGCACAGUGUGUCUACUGUCAUUUGGAUGGUUGGCGACAGACGCCAGUGUCGCCACAAACCAAACAACUCGCCUCACUCGAAGGUCCCUCCGCGUUGAUGGAGUGCUCCGUUUGCUAUGAGAUUGCCCAUCCCGACUGCGCUCUCUCGCAGCUGGAUGGCACCGAGGAUGCAGCCGAUGCCAAGGGUAUUGUCAAUGAGGAUCUACCCAAUAGCUGGGAGUGUCCCAGUUGCUGUCGCUCUGGCAAAAACUAUGACUACAAACCACGGCAUUUCCGAGCACGUCAAAAGUCAUCGGAAGUACGACGCGUUUCGGUGUCGCAUGGCAACAAUGCUGGUGAGGGUCACGACACUGCCGGAGGUGGAGGCUCUGCAUCAGGUGGAGGAGGAAAUUUGUUACCACCACCGGUGGGACAAUAUAAUGACUUUGUGUUUACCAGCGAAUCGGAAAUGGAGACGGGCAGCAGUGGCAUGCAUACGACACACUGGAAGCACGGCCUGAAGCGUCAUCAUCAGCUGGAGGUGAAGACGGAGCGCAACAACAGCUGUGACACUCCCUCGCCAGGAAUAUCGCCGAAUGCAGCAGCUGGUCAUCAUCAUCAUCAUCAUCAUCAUCAUGGUCUCAUGGGUGACAAGGUGAAGCGUCGCAAGAGCGAUGAUGGCACCAGUGUUAGCAGCAGCAUGCAGGAGAGUAACGAUGCCCCCUGCUCCAGUUCCAUGGAGUGUGGCACCGCAGGAGGAGGCGGAGCUGGUGGAGGUGGUGGUGCAAAUGCAACAGCCACUGGACACGGUGGUGGUGCUGGCGGUGCCGGUGGUGGUGGUGGUGGUUCACGCAAGAAGAACUCAAUACGCUCCCAGCUGGCACAACAGAUGCUCAAUUCAUCGACACGUGUGCUGAAGAAGCCACAGUAUGUGGUGCGUCCGAUGCCAACAACGGGCUCCUCUUCUGUGGGCGGAUCAGGUGUUAGCAAUGGCGCCAGCAAUGGCAUCAAUAAUGGAUCUAACUCCGGCACGGGAGUGGGAACAGUUGCAACUGGCGGCGUUACGCUGCCCAGCAAUGGAGCCAAUGGACACCACAAUAAUCAUCAUCAUCAUCAGCAGCAGCCGCAUCAUCAUCAUCAUCAGCACCAUCACGUGCAUCACAAUAGCAGCAGCAGUAGCUCACAUAAUCUCGCAUUGGAUCCGACCAUCUUGAAGAUCAUCUUCCGUUACUUGCCCCAUGAGACGCUCGUGACAUGUUGUUCGGUGUGCAAGGCAUGGUCCAAUGUUGCUGUUGAUCCCGAUCUCUGGAAGCGCAUGAAUUGCGCCGAACUCAAAAUAUCCGCAUCCCUUUUGACAGCAAUUGUGCGCCGGCAGCCGGAGCAUUUGAUAUUGGACUGGACGCAGUUGGCCAAACGGCAAUUGGCCUGGCUGGUCGCCCGUCUGCCGGCUCUGAAGAAUCUCUCGCUGCAGAAUUGUCCCAUACAGGCGGUGCUGGCGCUGCACACAUGCCUCUGCCCCCCACUUCAGAUACUCGACUUGAGCUUUGUGCGCGGCUUGAAUGAUGCCGCCAUUCGGGACAUUCUGUCGCCGCCAAAGGAUUCGCGUCCGGGCUUAAGUGAUUCCAAGACGCGAUUGCGUGACCUCAAGAUGUUGAAGCUCGCCGGCACCGAUAUCUCGGAUGUGGCUGUGCGUUACAUAAUGCAAUCGUUGCCACAUCUCAAACACUUGGAUCUCUCAUCGUGCCAGCGGAUUACGGACGCGGGCGUUGCCCAAAUUGGCACCUCACCAACGGCAAUUGGUCGCCUUGCUGAGCUCAAUUUGAGCGCAUGUCGUUUGGUCUCGGAGAACUCAUUGGAGCAUCUGUCCAAGUGCGAGAGUCUCGUGUGGUUGGAUUUGCGGCAUGUGCCACAAGUGAGCACACAGUCCGUAAUACGCUUUGCCAGCAAUUCCAAGCAUGAUCUGUGCGUCAAGGACAUUAAACUGGUGGAGCGACGUCGCCUCUCGAUGACCAAUAACUGGCAUGACUGAGAAUCGACAACAACAGCAACAGCUUCUCCUCCUCCCACUCCGCCUUCUACUCCCCUUAAUCCUCGACGACGACGACGAAGAAAGCAGCGGCAAUCACACACACAAACACACACAACACUUGUCUCGUUUAGUUCUUAAGUCACAGACGCACUAAAAAUAACACUCUUUAAUUUAAGCUCUGUUCCCAAUUGCAAUUUCGCCACAAUUCUCCUCCCAAAACUCAGUCGGAAUUCGUAUCCACAAGAUGCACUAAUAGCCCGUUUACAAAACCAAAGAAUAUCUGUUUCUAUCAUCAGUCAAAUGAGAGUUUGCCCUUCGCAUCAGUUAGAAGAUACUAUAUAGCAUAUAUAGCAGUAAUCUGACGUUUAUACGAUGCUUUUUAAUCGUAUGUUUAUCCUGAUAAGGCGCUUUUAUUCAAAGAUUGUGACUUUUUAAGCCAUCAAGUUAUUUCCUAAAGUUUAAAAUUAUUGUUGAGUCUCCUUCUUGUAAUUUUAAAGUCCAUAAGUUGCAAAGAGAAAAGUGUAUUUACUUACCUUAAUCAGCACAAACAUUUAUUUGUACACUUUAAGUUUAAAUAAUUUUACCUUCAUAAAUAUAUAGAGCACAGUUGACUUUUAAAACGUUAAGGACCGGUUUUUCAAUCGCUAGUAAAGGGGUUUGAUAACUAUAUCAGAGAUAUUUUGAAGUAAAACGUAUAGAAAUUUAUGUGAAAUUUGUAAAUAUCUAUUUGAUAAAAUUUAAGAUGACAUUGAAAAAUCUGCACUUAUUUUUUUUGUUCUGCAUGAUUAAGGAAUAUUUGAGCCUUUUUAAUUUGCUGUUUGAUUUGUCUGAGUGUCCGCAUUUGUGGCAUCAGUGACCUAUGAGGAUGUUUGGCAGCAUCCGAAAUACGUGCAAUUUAUCUGACCAGCCACAUAACUGAUCUGGAAUAUUAUAUUAAAAGUAGAUGCGAAGGGUAUUAAGAGAUUUCGGUGUAGCCGAAUAUUGAAUCCUGAUAAUAUAGAUACAUACAUAUGUGUAUAUAUAUAUUUUUGUCGUUUCUUAUAUGCAUAACAUAUUUGUCAAUAUGAAGUGAUAGUUGAUACACUUACAUUAUAUAUAUAUAUACAUGCAUGCACACUUAAAUAGAUACGAAUACGUAAGUAUUUAGCAUUCCCCCAGGCAUCAGUGUGUCAUAUACAUACUAACAUAUAUAGGCAAUCUCGUAGAGAGAGAAAAAAGAGAGAGAUAGCACACAUAGCACCUAGAGAUACUUAGAGCAGGGAAUUAACAAUAGCUUAGUGUUAUUUAAUUCUUGUAUUGCUGCAUAUGUUUAGUUUUCUACUGAUUUGAUUUGUGUGUAUUUAUUUAACCAUUACGCAUUAUAAGAGUUAAAACCUAAAUACAAAUCUCUUUUAAAUCUAUCGAUAAGUCCGCCCCCCGACUCCGUUCCAUGGCUCGUAAUUCCCCCGCAAUUCCCAGUAGAAGCUCAAAAAUCUGGCACAUUUAUGGCAACAAA